AUGGCGAGCAGCAGCAGCAGCUCGACGCCGAUUCGAAACGUCGUCAACUUGACGAUCAACAUUUUUUGGACGUGCGUCUACUUCGUCUAUUUCCUUUUCAAAGGAAAAAACGAGUGGAAGUGCGAGACGGCGAACGCGCCGCGUGUGAUCUACUGUUGCGUCGACGGCGCCCGUUGCGACGAUCAUUCGGAGUUGCGGUGUCGGAAGGCGACCGUCGACACCGCCGCCUACAACUCGUCGCCGAAAUCGUUCUACGCGUCGAGUUCGAGCGGCGCGCUCGAAUCGGCGUGGCGUUGGGUGAAGCGGGCGGCGCGUGGCGUCGCCGGCGUCGCCAAAACGUUGGCGUCGAAAUUGGCGAAGCUCGUCAAAUCGUCGGCGAAACUCGUCGCCGAACUCAUUGUCGCCGUUUUCGCGCUCCUUCGAGCCCUCGUUUGCUCGCCGAACGUGCCAACGCAGGCGCUUCCAUCGACGCCGAAACCCUACAAUCCGAAGCCGAUCUCGCCGAGCUACAAUUCGGUGUCUUUCGAGUUAGAGAAGAACGCCGUAGAGAAAUCGACGACGGCCGCUGCUGCGAAAGACGCCAUCGAUGAGGAGGACGAACGAACCGUUUAUGAGGACAUCCCAAAAUUGCCGACUGAUAAUGGCCAAUCGUUUUAUUAUGAGAGAGUGAUUGAGGCGAAGAGCAAUCAGCCGCUUCAGGAGAUAGAAUCGUCAUCAGCCGCUCCUCCGCCACCGACACCACCACCGCCACCACCACCAAAGCCCGUUUCUAGAGAGGCGAGCCGCGCGAAAUCGACGACGCCGGGCCGCGAGCGAAAAGAGGUGAAGGGUGGAAUCGGCGGAUUCAAAUCGGACAUAAUGGACGAGCUCGAAGAACAACAACGAUUGCGUUACGAGCGAAGCGUGUCGGCGCAACGCGAAAUGACGCAGAGCUGCCAUCCCGACAUGGCGCAAUGGAAGCACAACGAGAUCGUCGAUCGAUCGUCGGCGAAUUCGACGCCGUGGCGAGCGUCGUCGGUUGGGCCGACGAUGCGACGUCUCGAGCACGUCGUGAGUCGAAUCGACGGCGACGAGCCGAGUUUUGUCUUCCGGCCCAAAAUGAGCUACUCGUCGCCGGAAUACCAAACCAAAACAAAAAAUGACGAGUAUUUGAUGGGUCGAAGUGUGUUCAAGCCGGUCGAGGAGGCCGAACGAAUGCGUCAUGAUAUAAAUGGAAAAUCAACUCAGCAAUCGUACAGCAGCCCACAGUAUCGCAGCGGCAACUGGAUGGAGAAUCAACGAUCGCGAAGUGUUCACAGGUAUGAUCAAUCAAAUAAUGGCUAUGAAGUGAGAAAUCCAUUUGGAAGCGCUGCUUAUAAAUUGUCUCCCUAUACGUCGCAUACUUCUCGUCGAAGCAAAACGCCAAUCGGAAUCGAUCAAUCGAAUACUGGAGUUGAAGCCGUCGCGAGACACUGGCCUCCGUUGAGUAAUGCGACCGGAGCAACGUCGGGUCGUGAUGAUUGGGUUGGUGAGGCGAUGAGACGCGGCGACGUCGAUGACGACGGAUUGGUUGUGACAAUGUGUCGAAGGGUUGUUGAGAAGAAGCGGCAAGACAAUUGGAAAUGGCGCGAUCAGGAUGGAAAUCUGCUCGAUGAGAAAAAGAAUAACACCUGGAAAGGUGAACUUGACACGCUGCUUCGAGACGGACCCAACGAGGGACGACAUUGGAGUCGGACCGUCGAGAAAUUGCCAACAGGAGAUACCCGCUUUCAGGAUGUCAAUCGGCAGUACAAUAGAGAUUUUGUUGUUGAGAGCAUCGUGCGUAAUUAUUAA